GGCAAGUCACGUAAUGGUACAUUUGAGACUUAGACUUGAGACCGAAACUGAGCCAAUACGACUAGAAUGAUGAACCUACGCAGUAUUAGUAUGAAAUAAUUUUAUUAAACAAGAAUAAUAAAAGUCAACAAGAUAUUUAAAACGAAUUAUUCACCUUAACAGAUCCAAGUACCUGGGCUGUUCCUGUUUUUGUUCUUCCUUCUUUACGUGCUCAGACGUAAAUAACCACUAGCGAAUCAAACAUAUUUUAUACAUGCUUAGUACGUUGGUAUUUCAACGAGACAAAAGAUGCUGUGGCAUUACAAUGUGAAUCAUGGAACGGGUGUUGAGUUUUGGUCGCAGUAGCACUAACCGGCUGGAUGAGUACGAUUCACCUGGCUGAGGCUAGAAAAUGACGGUUCCUAUGGCAACCAAAUCAGCAGAGGAACGAACUAUGACGACAAAACUUGUGGUCACGUGACGGACCACUGCAGCAGUUCUACCUUUUAUACUCACGCAUGUCUCAUUCGGCAGUUGGGUUAGUCUAGGGUUUGUACUGCGUUGAACAUGGACACGAAUUCGGGAGAUAACUCGCACUUUGGUGGCCAUUUACUGAUUGUUGUCAGUGAACCCUAUACUGAUGAUCACAAAGAACGAAUAUUAGAGAAAGUUUCUAAAGGACUACUUUCAUGGGAUGUAACCAAAACUGGAUCAGAUUUAACGGGUCUGAAGGAUGAAUUCAAUAAAGAGCUCAACCCUGAACAGCCAGAAGAUUUUAUUGUUCAGUAUUCAACAGAAAGACUGGCAGUGGAAGUACUCUUGAAUCCAAAAGUUAGUGUUUUUAAACAGUGUCUGAAGAAUUUGCUUUCUUCUUCAACUGCUUAUAAACACAUCAUUUAUGCUGGUUAUGCCUUCACUGGAUCUGGUUCCUGGAUCCUCAGAGAUGGUGCUUUUAGUUUUAAAGCCUUUACUGACAUAUUCAAUGAUCCCGAUGUUCAGUGUGUACUGAUGAAGAUUCCUGAUUGUUCUGUGCAUAUUCAUUGUACAGCUGAAGGAGACUGGUGCGAAUCUAAUAUUACAGAAAAUAUGACUUGUGUUUUUCUAAACCCCCCUGAUAUAACAUCUUCUUUUCCUGGUUCUCAAGAACUUGUGCAGUAUCUGAAAAGGUUUUUGAUAAGUCAUUCUUUAGAAGAAAUUAUGAAACCGUCUGCAGUUGUAGGAAAUAUUCGUUUCAGUCGACCAACUUUAUAUGUAUUUCCAGGAGGUGAUGGUAACUGUGCUCUCUUUGGAAUCAGUGGUUUUAAUAUGUUGGUAGAUGGUGGCUUUGAGAGGAAGCCAUGUUUCUGGGAAUUUGUUCGUCAUAUUGACAGGCUAGAUGCCAUGAUUAUUACGAGGGUGAACGAGAGUAAUCUAAAUGGGAUUACAUCAUUGAUUAAGAGGAAGCAAAAGGAACACGUGUUUCCACAUGUUGGUUACAUUUUCUGUAAUAUCACUGAUGGGAAAGAUUCCCCUUGUGACGAGGUCCCAAAAGACAAGGAUGACCUUCUCGUUAGUAUUCUUGACGAAGGUCACGAGUUCCUGAAUAAUCUUAGUAAUUUGAACCUGAAACCACACCUUUGUUUCCGAGAAAAUGGUACCGAUCCUCUGACCUUGUAUCAUAAGAUGGGUCAUGGUACUUUGGAUAUGUAUGUUUUGACUCCACCGAAAGAGAAUAAGGAAGUAAAAGAAUUCUUUCAACAGUGGAGCUCUAAGAAAGACAGUUUUUCAAGCACUACAGAUAGCAUGAAGAAUUUUGAAGACGUUUCGGUACCUUUAUCAGACUUAGUAUCCAUAUCUGCUCUUGUGGUAUGGCGACCUGCGAAUCUUAAAGACCCCAUUACCAGGAUCUUAAUCACAGGAAAUGCACCACAGUCUAAGAUUUUUGAAGGAUUAGAAACAAUAAAAGAUCUUGAAAUUUUACAGCAGUUUGAUUGCACUCAAUCUGUACUCCGGAAAACGGUUGGGGAUAAACCUAAAUUGAUAAAAAAUGCUGAAAAACCAGUGGCUAAAGUUCUUCCAAAACCUAAUACCUCUUCGCCAUCUGGGCCACAAAAGAAAAUCAUUCAAAAGACUCAGACAGCAACUGGCAAGAAGGAUAAUGCUGUUAUAAACAAAACUACUUCAGAAAGAAGGCCAUCUGACCCCACUAAAAGCUCAACAAGGAAAAAUAUUGAUUCGAAGAAGCUAGAAACAAAAGUUAAUGGGAAAAGUUUGGAAUCAAAUAAAGAUGUUUCCAAAACUGGAACACCUUCAAGUAAAGGGAAAGAAUUACAGUCCUCGGACACAAAAAAGAUUGAAAGCGCCGUGAAAACCGUGAGCAGCGUUGAGAGAAAGACCAAAGGCGCUAAAGAUAUCAAUAACAAGAAAACUGUGGAAACAAAAAUUUCUAAUAAAAAUGCAAAAUCUGAACCAAAGACAAAAAGACCCGAAACCCCAACCAAAAUCUCGCAUGUAUCAAAAGAAACGAGCGGGAAAACUCCCACAUCUUCACCGAAACACUCUACAAAACCAUCUACUUCUAAAUCCGUCAAAAAGCCACAACAAACGGAGAUGAACAUUAAGAAACGAGCAGAACAUAAAUUGGCUUCUGCUAGAUUAGAAGAAAAUUCAAAAAUAGGGGGAAAAUCUUCAUUGGGAAGUUUGGAUACUGAAGAGAAGUUUAAAGUCGGGUCUAACGUUACUACAGACGUCCAAAAAACGGAACAAGACAAUAGUUCGAUUAACAUGGUUGCGAACACAGAAACGGAUAUCAUAAACUCUUUUGAAAAGGAAGUCUCUCAACCAAGUAAUGAUGACCGUGGAGAUUUUGGUAAUGUAAAUCUUAUUAGCUAUGAUCAAAGUAUUAUCCGAGAAGCAGUAGCAAGUGAGGCGGAACCUUUGGAUCAAGCAAAUGAAAAAGUAUUCUCUCAAACAGAUCAGUUAUCUCAAUAUGUGUUAACUGACAGGGACCAAGGUAUAACCGAAACUGAAUGUGUGUUAACUGACAAAGACAAAGGUAUAACCGAAACUGAAUGUGUGUUAACUGACAAAGACCAAGGUAUAACCGAAACUGAAUGUGUGUUAACUGACAAAGACCAAGGUACAACCGAAACUGAAUGUGUGUUAACUGACAAAGACCAAGGUACAACCGAAACUGAAUGUGUGUUAACUGACAAAGACCAAGGUACAACCGAAACUGAAUGUGUGUUAACUGACAAAGACCAAGGUACAACCGAAACUGAAUGUGUGUUAACUGACAAAGACCAAGGUAUAACCGAAACUGAAUGUGUGUUAACUGACAAAGACCAAGGUAUAACCGAAACUGAAUGUGUGUUAACUGACAAAGACCAAGUAAAGGUUGACAGUGAAAUAACGUCAUAUAGUAAAAAUGAGUUGGAAGGUGUGUCUCUUAAUAAAAGUGAGGGAUUGGCACAAACUGGAAGUUUCUCAGAUAAUACACAAGACUGUUUCCACGCUGAGCAUGACACAAACGAUACUAGUCAAGUAUUAAUACGGACGGAAAAUAUGCUAAAGGAUAAAGAUAAUCAUUUAGGAGUAACUCCAACUCGGAGUGUAUUGAGUGAUCAAAAAUUGGCUCAAACGGAAAUUGAUCAAGACCAAGGACUGAACAAAGUGAAUGGAAUGACUGAAAUCGAGCUCGGUGAUCAAGAAAAGGGAAAGGCUGAAAGUGAAUUUUUGUUCAAAACUAGCGAUGAAAAGAUUGAUUACACUGAGCGUGUUUUCAGAGACAAGGAAGAAGCUCGGUUUGGUAGUGUGGUGGACAAUACGGUUGGUAGUGUAGUGGAUAAUACGGAUAUAGGAUGGAGCAAGAUGAAUUAUGGAAUCACUAAUAAAGAUAAAUUAGAUUCCAUUGACAAUUAUGUGUCUAACUCUAAAUGCCAGGGAUUAGACCAAGUAGAGAAAGGCCUCUCCGAGGAAGAUUCACAGAGGACACGAAUUAAUGAGGAAACUGAAGGAAAUUUUGAUAAUAUCAAAUCUGUUGAAUCUGGCAGAGUUGAACAGUCUUUUGAUGGAGGUUUUACUGAUAAUAGUAAUACAAGGUUAGACUUGAGUGUAGGUGGAGAAUCAAUAGUGAAAAAUGACGAUCAGAUAUAUAAGGAUGUCGAAAAAUCAAUAUGUCAAAAUACAGUUGAGAAUCUUCAUGCUUUUGAUGGUGGUGAUAUUGGAAUAUCAGAACAAGGUCGAACAGCUGAAGAAUUUGAGUCGCCAGGGUUGAGCCAACAGGUACCACUAUUUUUAAAGGAUCAAGAUAUUUAUAAAGAAACUAUAUCAGAUGACAAUCAAGUACUAGAUAAACCUGAACUAUUACAACAAGAUAAAGAUGGUUUUGACAGUCUGAAUGAUAAUGAAGUUAAAAUAUCGGCUAGUACGGUUACAAAUGAACAGAGUUUUGAUGAAUUGAAUGAAAAGACGAAUAUAGAAGAAAAGGAACAAAUUACAGAAGUUAAGCUUGCUGAAGAAACUGUGGAUAGUGAAUCGGUAUUAAGCAUUUCCGACCCAAAGUUCGAUCAGAAUGAAGAGUUUCACGCAGGAAUACCUUUUGAAAACAAAAUAUCCGAGAUAGAGAAACGUCAAGCUACUCACUUUGAAAAAUAUGAAAAUUCUUCCUUCACUAACGAAGAAAACCUGUGUGACCUUCAGACAGGGUCAUUCCUACAGGAACAGACUAAUGUUGCUUUUUUUGAUAACGGUGUUCAAGAAAGAGAACUUGAAAAUCAAUUGAACGAACCUGAGCUGAUUCACCAAACUGAAGACAGUUCUUGUUUUAUUGCUAAGACAACCAGUGAAGAUAUAUUAGACGUAACUGAACAAGAAUCUCUAAAACGGAAUGCAUGUGAACAAAUAUUUGGCAUAGAUUCCACUGGCUAUCCUUCUGUCUAUGGAGAUAGCCUUGCUAGCGAAGAACAAGAAUCAACUUUUCCUCUAGACAAUUUCAAUCAUAAUUAUAGAGAGGACAAUACUGGGAACCUCACGAAUCGGACUUCUAACGAACAAAGUAGUAACGAUUUUGACAUAAUUAAACAUGACUCUGAAUUAUCAGAUUACAAGAACGAUCAUCAAGUCGAUUUUGUUAAUGAUGAUGAUGAUCGUAGGAAUACCAGAGACGAAAUAAAAGAAUCUUUGUACUUGGACCCUCUAGAAAAGCAAGCAGAAGAAACUGCAAAGAAUACAAAAGAACAAGAAAUGAUUCCUCAGGAAAAUGACUUAGACCUUCAGAAAAAUUUUGAGUUAGCAAAAGAUCAUAUACAUGUCCCGGGCAGUCAAUUAGGUGUUAAGUCAGAACCACAUACUUCAGAAAAAGAUUAUUCGGCUUCUGAAACUUUAGAUGCUGUGAGUGAUGACAUUCUUCCAGAAGAUGGCACUCCUUGUGGAGAAGCUGAAAAAUCGUUUGAUCAGUCUUUUGGUGAAGGUUUUCCUAAUAGCAGCCAUGAGAAGAAUUUGGAAAUUAAAGAGGCUAUAGAUACUGUUCAUAAUGAAAAAGAAACGAUAAUAGCUCAAUCCAUGAAUCAGGAUGAAAUGUAUUUUACACACGAUGAUGUAAUUAAACUUGAAGAAAAACAACUUUCACAACAUCAGGAAAUAUCUGAUGAGGAUGAUGGCGAGAUGAUUCGAUACCCAACUCCGCCAGGUGAUCAAGAUUUUUAUGAACAUGUGGGACCUGAUGCUCAGUUAAAAGAGGAUCACAUUGAAUCGGGCAGCUAUAUCUUACAGUAUGACGUUACGGGCCACCAUUCUCAAACAUGUGAAGAUCUAACUGAACAACCAUUAUAUGAAGAAUCUGAAGAAGACGAAUCAGAGAGAUCAGGAAGUCCAGUUAUAGAAGAGCCAGUUUAUGGAAACACACUGAAGGCAAACUACCCAGAAAUGGUCAACAUUUCGGAAGGCACUACUCCUUCCGAACCACAGUCUCCUUUAGAUGCCAAACAGCAAGUACCAGCCAAAACUCAAAGGGACCAUUCGGUAGAUCACCACAUCUCGCAAGAAAAGAAAAUAGAAUUUUUGGAAAACAUGAGUGAAACAAAGUUGGAGCAGAAAGAAAGUGAGCAAAUGAGUGCUUUUCCACAUAUUUUGAGAGAACGUGAUACAGAAGGAAAUUGUGGAAACCUUAACGAAGAGAGAGAUUUCUAUUCUCAAAAGCAUUCCAAGGAAAGUACGUUUGAAUGUAAAACUGAAGACGUCUCUUGGGACAAAAGUGAGCAAGAAUUCCUUGGAGGUAAAGCUGAUUGUCAGAAAGAGGGUUUUCUAUAUGAACAGGGUUCUGAUUUGACCUCAUUGUCUUUAUCCCACCAAUACUGUGAAGAUUCGUUUGGGGUCAGUAGUACUGAUAUCAAACAUAACGAAUCAACUUUUGCAUAUAAAGAACUAACUUGUAGUGAUAAAGAUUCUUUUUCACACUAUUCCUCAAGCGAAUUACUUCGAACAGUCCCCACUGAUCUGGCGAGAGAGAAUCUACAGGCGACUUACUUUGAGGAUGAUACGCGAGAUUGUGAGAAAGCUGAUGAUCCAAAGACAAGUCAGACUGAAAUUAUGCAUGAUCUAACUAAUAAGGAAGAAAUGGGGUUAAAUUCAUCAAAUUUGAUAGAACACGGUCAUUUGCAAGAUAUUGAUAGUUAUGGAUCAGACAGUGUUCCUGCUAAUCAACUGUUUUCUACAGCAGCAGUGAUUCAAGAUCAAGCUAAUUAUGAAGAGCACCAUCUGCCACUCAAUAUAGCAGAUAAAGAACCUAACAGCUUCAUAACGCGUGAUAGUACUUCCUCUUCCUCGGAAGAUGAAGAUAAUCCGUAUUAUGGAGAGCAGGCUUCUCAUUAUAGUUAUAGCAACAGAAGCUAUUACCAAGAAGAUGCCAGGGAAAUAAGUGAUUUCUCUAGUGGACAUUCGUACUCAACAUUUCCCCAUCAGUCACAAUUUGGUGGUAUUCAGAACCCAACGUUCGAUGAUCAGUCAAAUGAGUACGAGAAGUUACAAGAAGAUAGUGCAACAACGAUCCAUACCAAAUCUUCAGGGUUUAACAGGAGUGACGAGGAAUUCCACUUGGAUAAUUGGGAUAAGCCAUUGGGCUUGCCUACACCACCCGAUUCUCAAGACAUUACUAAGCGAAACAAAAUGGCAUCUAAAACAACCAUUAAAGGAUCAACAAAAACGCCUGUUGUUGCUCCGACUAAGUCUAUAUCAAAUCAUAAUGUCAAGAAAGGAUUGCUUAACGGAAAAAGUACGCCUACAGCAUCUGAUAGAGCUGUAUCUCCUAGAACUGAGAAGACAAACUUACAAGGAAAAUCUAAAGGUUUGACUGCAAAUGGACUUGUAAACCCAAUUUACGUCGAUUUGACAUACGUACCAAACCAUGGAGAUCCGAAUUAUUGCGAUGUGGAAUUCUUCAGGAAAAUACGAGCACGGUAUUACGUAUUUAGUGGCACCAAUCCAACAAAAGAAGCAUUCAAUGCUCUAUUAGAAGCUAAGAAAGAUUGGAAUGAUAAAGAUGCUGAAGUGACCAUUAUUCCAACACACGAAACUGAUGCUUUGGGUUAUUGGAUAGCCCUAAAUCAAGAAAUAUUGGCUGCCAAUAAAAUAGAAGUUGCUCCAUCGGCCGAUAGAUGCACCAUCAAUCUCCAAGAUCACGAGACAAGCUGCGCCGCCUACCGACUGGAAUUCUGAAGAGAUAAACUUAAUUAUUUUCUUUUAGUUCCUGUUGGACUUGUUAGUAGAUUGUCGAAUGGUACCCUGGUAUUUAAUUAUAAAAGUAGAAGAAUAAUUAUAACUUAUUGGUAAGGGUCGUUACAAAACUCCUAAAAUGAUGUGAUUCUGAUUGACCCAUCACAACCUUCAUUUGGCUACGUGGGAAUGAUGCUAUUGUCGAAAGUCUAGAUUUCAAUGAGUUUCUUGCUUUCAGUUUGUUAUACAACUCUUCCUUCUGAUAGUGAAUGUGGUCGUUUCCCUAACGUAUAAAACCAAAUGGUUGUAUUAUAAAUGUUUCAUUUUAUUUCUAAAACAACUUUUGAGUUGAGUUAUUAACAAUACUUUAGCGUAUUUGAAAGAAUGCGAGCUGAUAUUGAGUUAUGUAUAAUUACAAAUGGGGGAGUGGGGAACGUCGACUUUUAUUUUGGUUUUACUUCUCGCAAACCAGUUUUCGUAACUGAUUUCUGUUUCCCCCUUUAAUUUUAAUCAAAUGUAAAGUUUUACUAUGUAACAACCCAUGAAAUCAAAAAACUAACUAGAUUCAAAAAACGAUAUUCACGGCACCACUAUUAGAAACGGGGAAAAUUUAAAUGGGUUUGUUAAUAAGUUUAAAUGUGAGAAUUAAAGCUGUCAAGUAGUUUAAAAAAACACACACACACACAAAAGCACAUUCCUAUGACAUCGAUUUCGACGUCUUGAACAAAUUAUAAUCGACGGAUUAUUAUACUUAAAAUCGAGAAAACCAAUUUUUAAAUUUUACUUCAAUUUGAUCGAUGUUGAAUUUUUAACUUUAUAACGUCUUCAUUGUUAAAAGAAAUUUAUAAACAAGUUUCAAGAUUUUUUUUUCUUUUGUAUUUAGUUUGUAUUUGUUUUUUUAAUAUGCGAUAUUGAUAAGUUUGAUUUAGUUAAAGUAACUGCAAGCUUUUUUUAUAUAUUCUUUUUUAUUUUAAUGAUGUAAAAGAAUUAUUGCAAAAAAAAUUGAAUAACAUUGAAAGCUCGUGAAACGUCAAAACAAUUUAAAACUUCAUUUCAUUUUCCUGUGUUUUUUCUCUAUAAUAUUUAACUUUAUUUUCAGCAAUCUUUUAUUUACAUUCCUAGUAAAAGUAGAUGUUUUUACAGUUCUUCUGACUUCAGAAUAUAGUAACUUGUGGAACCAAUUAGCUGUAUCGAAGGCCAAAACUAGCAAAUAUAUUUGAAACUAUUUUCAAAAAACUUUGAAAUUUAGCCAAAUUCAUAUAAAUUUUUAUUCUAUUGAAAUGCAACGUCAUUGCCACGCAAUUACAAACUCUAUCUCUUUAAGAUCUAUCGAGUUUUGUGUUUUAUAAACUAUACCUUACAAAGUCUUCGUACUUAUCAAAAGAGUCUUCCGUCGAAUCAUACAAAAUCUCGAUUCUUAACUAGUGUAAAACUUAAUGAAAUCGUUUGCAGGAUUUUAACGACCGUUUUAAAGUAACUGUAAUUUUAUACCUUUUAUAUAAAUCGAAUAACCAAACUGUAUUUUUCUCAACUAGUUGUUAUACAUAACGUUACUUGUAAAAGUCUGGAGAAAUUUUGUGCCCAGAUAUUAAAAAAAAAAAGUUUUCAAUUUAUAUCACUUCGUUUGAUAUAUCUCUAGGUUAUAAGCGCACUUAGGUUGUAUCAGAAUUAUGACACCGAAAACACAUUUAGAAACAGUAUUAGAUUGUUAAUCCUAUCUCAUAAAAUGUUUUUAAACAAUUGCCCUUUGUGAACAAAUAAUAUUGUUUUGAAUAUACCAAAACUGCAUUAUUAAAAUUCAUUGGUGUGUUCCAGAUUCGAAAAACAGCAACAAAAAACAUCGUUAUAUUAUUGACUUUUUUUGUAUUUAGAAUAUAUCAAUUAAAAAGAUAUAUGAGACAAUGAGUUGCCUGACGUUUAAAAGUUGAUUAAGUUGUAUACUGCGUUCAAUAAUUGUAAUCACAGUUACAUAUCAGAUUAACCAAUAUAACGCUAUCGCCGCUCGUUCUUGUGACUUGUUGCAACUUGUGUCUUUGUACGGUUCUAACCAUUUCAAAUCUGAUCUUCAAAAUAAGAUAUUAAAAAGGCAUAUAUUAACUGAAUGUGGAAUGCAAUAUAUUGGUUCUAAAGAAUUACUAGCACUAAAGUAAGAACGUUUUAUUCCAAUUAUUUAGUAUUCUGUCACAUUUUAAAACCAUCUGACAAAGGCAAAUACAACUGUAUAUUUUUCUUUGUUUGGGAACGUUCUCGCAUUAUGUGUUACACCUCUGUAUGUUCAUUGUUUAGCCAAUGUACUGUUAAACAAGAGAUUAGUAUAUAAAAUAAUUUUUCUGUGGGCUACUUAGAUGUUACCUCUUUGUAACCUAAACUGUUAUUUGUAUACCGUAAUUCACAUUUUAUUCGCCUUUUUUUUUUCUAGCUCGUUCGAAAAUAACAUCGGAAAAUGUUUGAUUAUGAUAAAAAAAAAUAGUGAAAAGUGAGCCAUUAAUUUAAUUUAAUAUUUUGUUAUACCUUGAGACUGAGCAAUGCAGUGGAAACGUUAACGCCAAGAAACAAGUUUUUCUAUUUACUAGUAUAAUUCAAGUCUACAUUACAACACACACACAACCUUGUUUUCAGCUAUUUAUUUAUGCUGUUAUAUGAAUAGGUAUUUAAAGUAAACAAACGUGGAAACAUGGAGCCUUUACUGUUUAAAAUUAUUAUUAUUUUAUAUAGUUUUUGUUUUUCAUACUCCAAAUGGACCUGCUGAACAUUUCGCUGCAGUAAAAUAAAACAAUUAGUGAUAUAAUUUUAAUCAACCAUAUCUAAUAUAUGAAACUUUGGUGUUUUUUUAUAUAAUUUUUUUAUUAAUUAAUAAGAAGUUAUAACAGUUUUGUAUUGUAGAAAAAUAAGUAAGAUAUGCAGUGAAUUGUGACACAACUUGUAUAAUCAUAGCAAUGGUUCGAUUUUUUUUGUAGGCAGAUUUCUUUGAAAAAGUCAAUGACGUGAUAAAAAGCUUGAGUAUUUCAAGGAAGCUGUUUGUAUUACUACAUCCAGUUUAUCUUUACUUCAUAUUCUUGCGUUGAUCAACCUAGUUUCUUAGAAAGCUUUACAGAAGUUAACCAUGCCUUAUUUGUAUCACUAUUAUUAUUAUUAUUAUCCGUCAUUUAUACUUCAGGAUGCUUUGCAGUUGUGAAAGUGUUAGUUUUAUAUUUGUGUUAUUUUUAUUCCCUGCUGUAAACGGAUUCGAGCAGUGUUAUUGUUUUAGGCCUAACAUUCUAAAGAGCUUCGUGGUGUAGAAUAUCCCUUCGAAGCUUUUGUAUUGUAUAGAUGAACAUAGGUGGCGGAACAUGGGGAGGGGGAGCUUGUUCCCCUUUGAAUGGGAAAUGGAGAUUUGUGAAAGUCGUUGUUUCAAUUGUCAAUUUAAUGGGCACAGGAAACAUAACAAAUAAGGUGCACUAAUCGUAUAUGCCCCCCCCCCCUAAAAAAAAUUUGUUCUGCCGGCUGUGUAGAUGAAGACAACUGCUGGCUCACACGCUAAGUCUCGUGCUUGUUACUGUUUUAUUCAUGAUAGUAAUAUUAAUAAAUUCUGCUAUGGCCUAAC